UGUGUGUGUGUUUGUGUGUGCAACAGAGAAGAAAAGCCACCUGCAGUGAGUACAAAAUGUCAGAGAGGAACUCAUCGCUGCAGUGACAACAUCCCAUACCAAUCGCUGACGAGGGAGGUGCAACGGCUCUUAAAAACAGAUUCUCUUUGAUACAUCUUCGACAUUUCCACCCGACUGCAGAUCACUGAGCACAGAGGGACACUCGACAACACAUACGAGUGACUGAAAUGAAGAGCUUCGUCCUCCUCAUCGCUGUGCUCACCUCAACUACAGGGGCAGUGGAGGUGAUUUACGCCAAGGUGGGAGACAGGGUGAAACUGAACCCUCCGGAGGUGAAGGAUCUUCAUAAUUCUUACAUGCACUGGAAGCUGACUAAAGAUGGCAGCUCUUACCUCGCCUGGCGAAAUUCAAUGGGCAAGACAGAGAUAGUCAACCCCUGGAAUAACACUUUGUCUUGGUCCGGUGACUCACUGCUCAUCAAAAGCAUCCAGCAGGAUCACUUCAGGACCUUCUUCCUACAAUUAAAGAUUGGCUUUAAAGAACCGACCUUCUUUGAGUAUCAAAUACGCAAACUAACAGUGACUGUGGACCCCUCCUCUCCUCUGCUGCCGGAGGAAUCGGUGUCUCUGUCCUGCAGCGAUGACACGCCUCAGAGUGAAAGGAAGAUUCACUGGCUGAAACCCGGAGGAAAGAAAGAGUACCAACUGCAGUUCACUUUCAAAGCCUCGGUCCUAGACAACGGCCAGUGGAGCUGUGUGGUGACGAGCGAUGGAAAGGAGAGCAGGUCCAACGUCUCUGUUACAGUUCUGGACCUCUCCCCAGCUCUUCCACACCCUCAGUAUACGUCUAAAUCCUGGCCCCUCUUGGUGCCCUGUUCCCUUCUUCCUCACGUCUCCUGGGAACAAAUCAAAGCUAAAGGCUUUAGGGAACUUCACUGGCACUUCAUCCCCGCAACAGGCUCCAGUCGUCAGAGGCUUUUCUCCCUCUCUGUGGGGGAUCCACUCACAUGGAAGAAAGACCAAGGCAAAACACUGCUGCCCAACUCCGACCCUCAGAAAGGAAAUCUGUCUCUGAGCAGAAAACUAGGGACAGAGGGAGACGCUGGAGAAUAUAUCUGUGCCCUGGAGUUUGAAAAUGGAGUGACUCUGCAGAGGAGCGUGCACGUACAGCUGCUGCAAAUCGUCCCCUCUCCAGGAAAAGAGCUGAUUUCAGGCCAGCCACUCAACCUGACCUGCACCCUCGGGCAGCCGCUGUCCAUUAAUCUGCAUCUGAAAUGGUUUCCGCCCAAACAAUCGACCCUCCUCACAUCUGCCUUUCACAACUCCUCUCAUCUUAUCAUCCCGGCAGUGGGCAGAGAAGACGAAGGAAGUUGGAGGUGUGAGCUGUGGUGGAAGAACGACAAGCUGCUGACGAGGGCUGAGAUAACUCUGAAGAUCGAGCCCUGGCUGAGUGUCUGGAUGCUGGUGGUCAUUUGCAGCGUCACCAUCAUCGUUAUCCUUGUCGUCAUCCUCCUCUUCAUCCUCUUCCGACGCAGACAGCAGAAGAUGAGACAUCUCAGGCGUCGACUCUGCCAAUGCAAACACCCGAAGCCCAAAGGAUUUUACAGAACAUAAUAUCUCCCACAAAGACGUUUUAAAGAGGACAUCGCAGCCAAUUGAAUUUCUGUCCAGAUAAGAUGGAUUUUUCUGUAAUAUCUACAAAACUGUGAUACUCCGUCGGGUGUGUUGGACGAGGAACUGAAAGUCUUAUCAGGAAAAUAUAUUUUACAGUUGUAUAUACCAGACAUUAUAUUUGUUACGUUUUAUCGUAGGGACUUUUUACACAUUUAAUUGUCAAUAUAACUUUGUUGUUCGUUAUAUUUGCUGUUAAUAUCUUCAUUGUUUCUGCAUUAGUCUUGUUAUGAGAGGCAUUUUGUAUGAUGCUCUAUAAUCCUGCACUGACCGGCUUUGUUACUUGCUUUUUUAAAAUAAAUAUAUACUUUUAAAUGAGGAUAGUAUACAUAAACGGGGAGGCUGUUCAACCUGAAUCAAAACAGACGCUUUUCCUCAGGGAAUUGUUUCGUUUUUUUGAUAAAAAAGAAAGAAUUGUCUGCUAACGUUUUUAAAUAAAGGGUCUAUAUCUUAAAUCAUUGAGUUUGAUGAAGUACAUUUCAAAUACUGCAGCAUUUAUUUGCUCACAAUAAACACAACUGUCCAAUACUUUAGUUUAUAACUAAAUGGGGCAGCAGUGGCUCAGUCUGCAGGGACUUGGCCUUGGAAUCGAAGGGUUGCCAUUUCAGGUCCUGAACAGACCAAAAAUGAAUAAUUACGGAGUGGGCCUUGAGCAAGGCACCGAACCCCCACACGCUCCCUGGCACCUGUUCGCUCACACCUGUGUUUGUAUACUGUAAGUGUCUAUAUUUAUGUAUUCAGACCUAAUGUUUAAAGGUACUGUGUGUUACAACUGAGUGAACACCUGAAUUUCCCCUCAGGGAUACAAUAAAGGUUCAUCUUCGUCUUCA